CGGACAUUUCCACUCUACGCAUGUAAUUCUACAAAACCGUUAGUUUUAUUUUGGGGUAAUUAGCCAUUUGUCCCCUUAACGGCCGAGCUCGCAAGUCAGUUUCAGUGUGGAAAUCAAGCUGUGAAGUCUUAGAUAAAAUCAUAAAUCUAAUAAACGAUUAAGUGCGUAUCAAAAGGAACGAUCACUUAAGAUUUAUAGAUUUUUUUUAAAAAUCGUAAAGCUCAAAUUACGUGUGUUAUAUCAGUAUUGAAUAAGAGAGAGCCUUUUAAGCCACUGCACAUUAAGUUUGUCGUGAACCAGUUUAGGAUGCAGAGCUAUUAUAUUGACGAGACGUUCCCAAGAAGCCCGCGAUCCUGGGUGGGAAGGGAUGCGUUCGUAUGUGACCGCAUCGUAUGGAAACGUCCUUCGGUGAGUAAAACAAAAAUACAUGUUAUGUAUGUGUCACCCAUAGUGUCAUUAAUAUAUAUAUUAACGUGAACGUCUGAAAGAAAUUUAAAACGUCAAGUUGGCAGGAUUUUGCGACAGAUGACCUGUAGCGAAAAAUUAUAUUGUCAACUAAACGUAUAAACUAGUAACUACACUAUGAAAAAUAACCUUAAAAUAUUUUAAGAUUGUGAUAGUAGACUUUGAUAGUAAUUUAUGACAGUAUUAUACACGAUUUAAAGAUAAUACUACAUGUGACAUUUGACUGUCACAUUUUUUUACAAAAAAUGUAAUAAAGAAAAAAAAUUAUGUGUUAAGGAUGUGAAAUAUAAUGCGGUAAAUAUUAUGCACUGUUAGAAAAGUGGGGAGGGGCGGUUUGCCCCUGGAGGCACUUAUAUAUAUAUAUAUAUAUAUAUAUAUAUAUAUAUAUAUAUAUAUUAUAUAAUAGGAGGGUGACAAAAAAAAUGUCCCACCCUGGGCGGCAAUAACCAAUAUAUUUAAGCAUUCCUCCUUGGUUCUAUGAAUACAGGCCAUGGUUAGGCAACCAGAGUUUGUGGUAGAUGGCGCCAAGAGGCAUGACCUGGACCAAGGGGCUUUGGGUAAGUCACUGAAUUAAUGUAGUGGGAAUAGCUGCUGAUAGAAUGUUUUAGCACAGUUACACACAAAACUACGCCUUCCCAUAUUAGCAUUAUAACAAUACGAUGAUAUUUUUCACAGUCAAGCACCCCGACUGGAACAGUCAAGAAAACAUGAAAAAACAGUGCGUGUUGGGAGGGAUGAGGAGUGGACCGAUUGCUAUUUUUAGAAAUUAUUAAACAAUUUAAAAAAAAAUAGAUUUUCGACUUACUUAAAAAUGUUAUUACUAAUGACACUGUCUUUCGGAACCUUAAAAAUUAAGCAAACAAAAAAAAAAUUAAAUAAUAACCAGUGAUCGUAUUAUUGAGUAUUCCAUUGUUUACUUGUUAUCUCCCCUGACCAGUGGCUUAGCUAGGGCUAGUGUCAACCGAUGCGGUAAACUCGUGGUAUCACCCUUCCAUUCCCAUCCCCCCCCCCCUUUUAACUUCUACGAUGAAUUUCUUUGUGCCAAAUAAGUCCACAGUAUAACAAUAACAAAACAAAAAAUAAUUAAAGUUCGGGUCAAUUAAAUGUUAUUAAGACAUGUAACAACGUUAAGUUAUAGUUAUUUUACGUUAAAUUUACUUUUUUUUUUUUAAAAAUGCUCCUUUCAUGUUCUUCAAAGCUGCAAACCUGUCAAUUACUUGAUCAAAACCAAUAUCUUUCACCGUAACUAUUUUAAUUGAUAGUAGAGCCUGAUCAGAAAGCCUUGAGUGUCCCAUGGUGCAUCGCAAAUAGUUCUUGAUAGGUCUUAGUUUUGAAAAGCUCCGUUCAUCAUUUGAAGGCUUAGCAAGAGUAUUGGAAAAUAUUCUAGGAAUUCACCCACAGCUAUCAAUUUCAAAAAUCAUACAUUGACCAGUCCAAAACGUUGUCUCCAAUUCAGGUAUAAAUUUCAAAAUAUCAAAUAGUGACCAGUCCAAAACUUUGAGAAAUUCAAUUUCAGCUGCCUUUAAAAGUCUACUAGGCCUUGGUAGUUCUUUUACAUGUUUAUCUUCUGAUAAUUCAUCAUAGAAAUUUGCGAACGGACUCCAAUAACUCUUUUUUACUCUGGUUGAACAACCUAAAACAUAUUUGCUACAUUCUUGAUCGCUGAUGAUCUGAGCUAGGGCUCAGAAUGAGAUCGAUAAAUACCCUCCAGCAUCUCACUAGUGUUUUUUUUUCUCACAGAGAGAACCCAUCUCUUAUUAAUUGUUAUCCUACCAUUCUCAUCUUAAACCUUAAUCUUCCCUCAACCCAAAUUCCAUAUUGGUCUGAAUUCAAAAGUGCCUUUCCAAUAGCCUUAUGACGUAUAUCGAGAAAUUAAUCUCUAAUAUGUGGCUCGUUCUAAAACGGUACACAACAAAAGACGAUACCAUAUGUUAAAUACAAUAACAAAGAAUGCGAUACUCAAACCAGGGCUACUCACAAUUAAUACGUUUUAUUAAGGUAAAAAUAAAUUACAAAAUAAAAAAGAAAUAUAAUUAAUGAUUGGCUUGUACCGGUACAGUGUCGAAGAAGAUACAAUGUUGUGAAAAUGUAUAAUGAUGAAAAGGAAUCUACACACCCACAGUAAACAAAACUCUCUAGCAAAAAUAGCACACGUUCAAAAUAACUCUCGUCAGUCGUCUCGUCUGUCGUUCAAUCCCUCGGAUUUCUAUAGCAUGCUUCUUUAGAAAAAUUUAAAAGGCUACGCAUUGUACUCGCUUCCGCUGCUUCUACAAUAUUCUACAAAAUUCGAAUCAUGAAACGGACCAUAGAUUUUAUUUAAUUGUAGCUAAGGUCAAAGGGAGACUGUAACUAGUAAGUCACGCCCUACUAAUAGCGCACCCGAACUUGGGGUCAGCUCAAGUUCAUUCACCAGAAAAGAUGAAUGAAAGUAAACGGGGUGCCAUAACAAGCCUGUUCCACCAAGUGACACAGAAACCGCUAUGUUUGAUUAAACUUCCUAAAGUAGAUAAACGUGAAAUCACAGACAUCACGUAAAAGACCUUGUGCUGUAUGCCAAUCGUUGUCAAAUUUUAAGGGACAGUGCUAGUGACGAAUCGGCCAAAAUAUUUGGUUUAAAAAUCAUUAUUUCAUUAAAAUGUAAAUAAAUCUAUAUUAAUUUUUUUUAAGUUAUUUGAAAAUUUUGUAAAUAUACAUUGUUAGCCCUAUAAAUGGAAAAAAGAAUAAUUUUUAAAUUGAUUUUACUCUUAACCGAUUCAAUUCAUGUGCUUAGAAUCGCCAGACGAAAUCGUAUUUGGUAUCAAUGGAAAGUUUCAUUUCCCAGAAUUUAUAUAUUUAUACAUAUUUCUUCUUCCGGUUAGCAACAAGAUGGCUGACACGCUAAUUUAAAAAACCGAAAAUUGUUUUUAAAAAACGGGCAAGUGAUGAAUAUAUGCUGAUAUAAAUAUACAAAUUCAAUGCGGGAAGCUAGGGUAAGAAUGCGGGGGUUAAACCCAAACUGUAAAACCCGGAGAUAGAGUCCCGAAGUUGAUCCGACGCCGAUAACAAUGUCAUUUCGGCAACUCCUGCGAUGCACUCAGUGCCAAGUUGUAUUGACAAUAGUCAUUCCAUUGGAUCCACUGGUUGCGUGGAGAGUGGGGAUCUGCUGCAUUGGGCAACAGCUGGUCACCAUAAAUCACCGCCCAGGCUAAGUAGCUCUGAGAAAUGCAGUCGAAAUUGUCAUUCUAGGAUUGGCCUCGUGAGCCACUCGUCGAAAUAUAGGACUACAUAGCUACUCCAUCGUCUCGCGAAGACGGAAGGAUGCCAUAAUAUAUAUAUAUAUAUAUAUAUAUAUAUAUAUAGCCUGUCACUUACGAAAGUUACCGAACACUUCAAGCAGCAUUGUAUCAUGGUCAAAACGGUGUUUCUCUGACUUAAUUAUAGGGUCACCUCAUUUCUGACUCAUCAACCUUGAACCUUUAAUAAGGCAAGCAUUUGGAUUGUUUAGAAAAUUGACGCGUGAUCGUUUAUCCUUUUCUUAAAUUCGGUUUGACCGAGCAGUGGGUGCGCUGUAGGUAUGCAAUUUUUCAAAUUUGACGUCCCCGCUGGGCUGGGGUCACCCGCUGCUUUCCCCGCACCCCUCUAGCUACGCCACUGCCCCUGACAUAACUAUAGUACACCAUAUCAUUAGGAUUAGCCAAAACUCAAGGGGAUUUCAAUAUUUGUUCAGUAAUAUUUUAGUUUUACGGUUAUAUUUUUUAAAGGAUUUGAAAUAAAUAAUUGGAUAGUUAACUAUAUUUUCUGUCAGCCGCAUGUAUGUAACAAAACAAAACAAAACAGAACACCAAAAAACACUUCAAUGAUGGAGACUCCAAAAAGUUCAUAAAUAUCGCCGUAAAUGGCAAAUGAUUACUAGACCUCUCAUUUGUUUUAUUCUUGUGCAAUAAUCUACCCUCUUGACAUCCUUAAAGGAAACUGCUGGUUUAUAUCGGCCGCUGCUGCCCUUGCUACUCAUCACCCUGACCGAUUUAAGAAAGUUGUCCCCCUUGGCCAGACUUUCAAUUCUCCACAAUACACAGGUGACUAUAAUGUCAUUAUAUAUGUAUAUAUCGUUGCAAAACUCUCUGAGUGACUCUAGGAAACGAUGAUGGGAUCUUUAUUAUUGAAAUAAAUAAUUAGUUCGCAUAAUUAUAUAUCCUACAUCCACCAAUUUAAUGUAUGCACUCUAUGGGAAAAAAUACUUUUCAUAAAUAUUUAUAUAAUAAACUUAAUUCAAUCCAAGACAUUGUGCCCUACAAUGAAAUAGUUGCAUAACGGUCCAGACAUUUAUAAGAAAGGACAACUGCAGCUCAUGCAAUAUGUUCUAUGUGUCCGAUGGCAUUUCUGCAUUUUCAAUUCCUACUCCAACUAGGGCUGUAAAGUUACUUUCAUACGUUACACCCUAUAGGGUUCACCCUGGUUAAUAGGUAAAUAAAUAUGCUGGUUUUAAAUGAGUAAAAGUAAUUGCACCUAUUUGAACUUCAAUGAAAACCUUUGAACUAACACCUAAGAAUAAUUAUCAGGCUCCUUAAACGACAACUUUACGUAUAUCCGCCAUUUUGUCACUUUGGUUUGUCACCAUUUGAUAUUAAAGCCAUGUAGACUGUUACUUCAACAUUUAAUAUGUAUUAAUCUCUCGUUGUCUGAAUAGAUUUAGUAUUCAAAUUUUUAUACACGCUUUUUCUCUUCCUGAAGUGUGUAUAACCGUUUUUUUUUCUCCGGCUCGGUGUAUAAAUUAUCUUUAUACUUCAUAAAAACAGUAUUAUAAAAUAAAUGGUUUUGUUCAUUGCAUUUUACGAUACUUUUAUUUUAUACCUGAUUAUGUGUAUGAAAUUUCGAAACUAUAAAUUUUGUGAUUUUUAACAUGGGAUUGAUUUGUUAAAGUGAUGUAACCAUUGCAAAGGUAAAUGAGCAAACUAAACAAUAAUCGGUUACUGAUUUAUUACCUCAGGAAUGUUCGUGUUCAACUUCUGCAGUAAGGGGAUUUGGAAACAAGUGUACAUUGAUGAUUUCAUACCUACAGACGCGUCUGAGAUGGAACCAAAGUAUUGCAGGAAUACUGAGAGAUCAAAUGAGUUCUGGCCCUGUCUAUUGGAGAAAGCUUACGCAAAGUACGGUUACAAUUAAAAGAAAAUGCUAAUAUGUCAUGAAACAAAGGUUAUAUGUUUUUUAUAUAAAUUAACAGUGUGAUCAUUAAAAUAUAGCUUGGCUUAUAUGGUGCACGAAACAGGUGGGCAAAUUUCGGAUUCGGUGUGGAGUUUGUAAGACUUUAAAAAAAUUUGUAGUCAAUUUAAAUCCGCCCUAUGUAAAAACCCAUAUGUUCCCAUUUCGUCAUAUAUAAAGCACCCAUCUGAAAUUUUUUUUCUCAUACAUAAAGAACCAUCUGGUGCCAUUUUUCUAUAUAAAAUCAUCCGCCUUGUCCCAAAAGAUAAGAAAAUUAUAUUUAAUAUUACUUUUGUUCUGUGAAACUCUGUCUGCGACUCUAUGAACUAGUUAAGGAUCCAAAAAUUAAUUGAACAUAUAGGAACAUUGAUUUCUAGUCUGGAAAGAGUAAACUCUAAAUUAAAGAUAAAACUAUAUAAUGUAUUCCGCAUCAGUAAUCUAGUUUUUUUUUUUUUAUGUCCAAGCAGGGCCGGCGUUAGGAGGGUGUGGGGCCUUGGGCAAAUUGAAUUCUGCGAGGCCGUUGACGUUAUAUAUUCCGCCGAUAGGAUAUUAAGACACGUUAUAAUAGUCGUACUGGGGCCUUGCUGGUCAUAAUGGGACGCGUCAUAACGGUUAAAAAAGGUAAACGAGUCUAUAUACAGUAUAAAAUUCCCUGAUAAUCCCCAUUCGUCUGCUUAACAUGCCCAUAGGUCUUCCCAAGAUUCAUCUCGAAGGUAUAGUAUGGGAGCCAGACUGACCUUAAUACCAUUUGAUUAACUAAUAACUCCGAAUAUUGUGUUGACUGGAUUAGGAACCAUCAGUAGGCUUAGGUAUAUUAUAAAUUUACUACGGCAACGCGUGGGGGUCCGCAAACGCAGGGCCUUGGGCGGUCGCCCACUUCACCAUCCCCUAGCGCCGGCCCUGGUACAAAACUAGAGAGCUGAAAAUGGCAGUAUUGCAAAGAUUGGCGAUAAAAUUACGCCAACUCAGAUCAAGAUAAUGAGACCUGUCGUAACUAUUUACAUUUUUUGUGUGUUCUUUGAGAGAAAAAAAAUAUCUUGUCAUUGAACUAUUCAUAUUUACAGACAUAAGUCACUGAUCAUGGGUUCUCAAACUUAAGGAGUGGCGUGCCAUUCAAAACAAACUGGCCACAACGAAAUUACCACUACAUACUUCGCCAUUCGGGCACGAUUUUAAAAAAAAUAAUUCUUUGUUCAAUCUCUGUGCACCUUUUGCAACUGUACCUCAGUUUGAUAAUCACUUUUAAAGUAAAUACCAAAAGCAUUUCUUUUAAAUAACAGCUGGCUAAAAUUUAUUUUUAUUCAUCAAAGGCUCCACGGAAGUUAUGAGGCCCUGAAUGGUGGUCAUAUCGUUGAUGCACUGGUUGAACUGACUGGGGGACUUCCGGAAAAAAUUAAUCUGCGAGGACACACCAGGGGAUCACCCCAGCUGUUUGAGAAACUGAGUUCAUGCUAUCAAAUGAGAGCAGUCAUGGGGGCGGCCAUUUAUGUGAGUUAGUUGUUUUCAACAAAAUUAAAUGCAUGUGUUUUUAAUUAAUCAAAAAAAAAAAAAAAAACAUUCACGUAAAGUGAAGAAGACUAAAUAUUCUUACAGAAACAAAUUAAAACGAAAACAAAAGUGUCCAGUGGACAUAAAACUGAGACACAAAACAGAUAAAAAAUAAUGAGAGCAGUCAUGGGGGCGGCCAUUUAUGUGAGUUAGUUGUUUUCAACAAAAUUAAAUGCAUGUGUUUUUAAUUAAUCAAAAAAAAAAAAAAAACCUUCACGUAAAGUGAAGAAGACUUAAUUUUCUUUCUGCGUCAAAUUAAAUCGAAUACAAGUGUGUCCAGUGGACAUAAAACUGAGAGCCAAAACAGUUAAGAAAGUCCGUACGAAGCCACCCAUGAAUGCAAUGUGGAAAAGGAAGUUUAAAAAGAAAGGAAAAAAAACAAACAACUAAGCUAGUAAACGAAAAUUGUAUUGAAUUUCUUUGUUACAGUCUGGUGAUCAAAACAGAAAUAGGUUACUUAACGGCCUGAUUAGUGGACACGCAUACAGCAUAACUGGACUUCAUUCGGUAUGUAUGGCUGUUAUUGCUGAUAUGGAAUUUGAACAAUAUAUUUCUUAUACUUCUUCUUAUUCAUCACCUUUUAAAAAAUCAAAUGACAAAGGCGUCUCUGGAGAAUUCUAAUUAAUUGUUAACGGUCUUCAGAUGCAGGCGGGUGGUCGAGACGUUAGCUUGGUACGCCUGAGGAAUCCCUGGGGUCGUGGUGAGUGGAAAGGAGCUUGGUCAGACAGGUGAGUCCUAUGGUGCUUAAUUAACUCAGAAAUCAUUUUCCCUUAACAAGAAAGCGUCAGCUCAGGACCAGAAGAUGUUGUUUUAUUUCACACACCACAUGCAGUAAUUUAACUAAUUUUAUUACAAAAAUGUGGGCCUUUCUGAGGAAAUUUUUGUUUACAAUGCACAAAUGCACUUAAACAUUUUAGCUUCAAAACGACUUAUUCUAUGUUGUUACCAAACUAGUAGUGUUACCCAUAUAAAAUGAACAUAUUAAUUUUUUUUUCUACCUACCUACACAUAUUUAUAUCUGUAGACAAACCUCUCCAUUUAUAAUCUCUAAAAUCAUUUCUAAAUAUUCACCUGUUGAUUCAUUCAUUCCUGAAGGGAUCCAUAUAUUCAUCUUUCCAUCAAGCUACUAACUCAUCCAUCCCCUUUUAUAUCCAUUCAUCCAAAAAUACAUUCAUCAUAUCAUCCAUUUUGCACCCCACAGAUCGAAGGAGAUGAACGCUCUGCCAAAAGUUGUGCAACAAACUCUACGUUUCCACAUUAAAGAUGACGGGGAGUUUUGGUAACUAUUGUCCCCAUUAAUACUGUCCAUUACAUACAAGUAUAGCUCCAAUAAAUAUACAUUAUUCUAAUUAAUAUCUCUUACAUAUUUAGGGUUACACCGAUUAAUUGAGAGAAAGUCUGUAAUUGGUCAUUUUGCUGAUUAGUCGGUGAAAGGAUUUUUAUGACCGAUGUAUCGUGCUACUGACAAUACUCUCUGGAUAAGAGACGCAACUGUAUAUAUAUAUUAUUUCAAUAUCAAUAAAGUAUUGUAUUUUUCAUGGGAUUUUAACAAAUGUGCACCGAAUUAGGUUUGCCCAAGGGCAUAAACAUGACGUCUUAUAAUCCAGCCAAUUCUUGUCUAUUUUGUGUGUGUCUCUGUCACGUCGUUACAGUUCACAAAAUGACCUCGACAGUUCACACAAUGAACCUGGCAGUUCAGUUCACAAAAUGACCCUGACAGUUCACACGAUGACCCUGACAGUUCAGUUCACACAAUGACCCUGACAGUUCACACAAUGACCCUGACAGUUCAGUUCACAAAAUGACCCCGACAGUUCANCAGUUCAGUUCACAAAAUGACCCUGACAGUUCACACGAUGACCCUGACAGUUCAGUUCACACAAUGACCCUGACAGUUCACACAAUGACCCUGACAGUUCAGUUCACAAAAUGACCCCGACAGUUCACACAAUGACCCUGACAGUUUAGUUCACAAAAUGACCCCGACAGUUCACACAAUGACCCUGACAGUUCAGUUCACACAAUGACCCUGACAGUUCACACAAUAAAACUGACACCAAAAUGACGUUACGAGGCUAUCAAAACUAGAAAGACAACAAAAAAAAAAGCUUCGAAUGUCGUCAACAACACUUCCAGUGUUUUUUCUUUAGUUAUACCAUCUUUUCCCAGGCAAUAAAAAUGUACAAGCGUGUUGCACCAAUCGAAGGCUCCAGAUUAUUUAAUAGGCUAUAUUUAUUAUUUUUUUUUUAAAUUUUGGGUUGGGGAAGUCGAAAGUAUGCAUUUAAUUUCAAGAGAUGUGUGUAUUGUGGCCUUCUCUCCGUUGGGACAUGACAUUAGACACACACACGUACCGCAUCUCAGGGAGAGCUACCAUAAUGCAUAGCACUAUUUUCGAUUGGCGUCUUUUUUAUUAUUGUUAUAUUAUUAUAUUUUUUUUUUUUGAACAAAGUAAAGAAUGUUAUUCUUCUAAAGGCGCAUGAUUUGUUUUUUAACUUAAAUAAUUAAUUUCAUAAAUAAUAAUAUUAUGUCUAUGACGGCCAGUUUCCGCGGCCUCUGCUUCGUCACAUAAAUAUAUUGCAUGCAACUUGGACUGCUUCACACGUGAUGUAAGACGGUGCGGAGCUUUCAUCGCACAUGUUGACGGUUUGAAGAUGAUGGUGCGGAAUGGGCAUUUAGUUCCCGUGGAGAGGGGAGGGAGGGGGGUCGAUACAUUAACAUUUGUUAGACAUUUGUUUUUUAGUUGCUCAGGUGUUGCAAAGAAUGUUUGAAAACACAGGUGUAACCGAUACCUGUUUCAAUACUAAGGCCACGUCACUGGUUCAUUCAAAGUAACUUUGCGGAUGAGGGUCAGCCUGCUAUACGGGCAGUCAAAGGCAAAUUUCCCAAUCGAGGCACAAAUCUCAAAUGUUUUAGUGAUUGAGCAGAGCUCAGUUUUAUUUCUUGGCAUGGUUGUAAUCAUAAUAAUAAUUUAACCUGACUCAAAGCAAACCAAAUAUAAACUCUUUCAUUAUGAUUAAUUAUAUAAUAUUAGGAAUAACCUGAAAUGUAUAAUUACAUUAAUCAUAUCAAUGUCAGAGCUAAUUAAACCAAAAUUAAUCGGUGACAGAUUAAUUUACAUCGGCCGAUUAUCUCUGACCGAUUAGUGUGUAAUUAGUCUUUUUGAUAAUCGGUUCAACCGAAAUAUAUACUGUUAAUUAUACAGAUUGAAUAUCAUGUCUGUUUACAGGAUGGAGUUUAAUGAUUUUAUCACCAUGUUUGAUGAGAUUCACAUCUGUCAUCUUUAGAUGGAUACAUCAAACAUCUGACAGAGGGACCAACAGUAUAAGAAUUUUUGAAUCAAAAUUUUUAAUAAAAAUUUUCUUUGUGAUUUUGAUUUAAUUAAAAAAAAAAAAAAAUGUAAUUCGUUUUGUUUUGUUGUUGUUUGUUGUUUUUUUGUUUUUCUCUAAAUUUCUUUAAUACCGUAAAUAUGAUGAACAUUUUAAUUUAUUUUUUUAUUCCAAAGUCUAAAUGUUUUUUUAAAACUUUAUUUUAAAAUUCAUUAAAUUAAUGAAAAUAAUCUUCAGUUUUAACACGUUAACUUAUAAUAUCGCGACAAAUUAUACUAUCAUACUAAAUUAUACUAUUAUACUAAAUCAUACUAUCAUACUUCAUUAUUAUAUCAUACAAAAUUAUACUAUCACGUUAAAUUAUACUAUCAUGCCAAAUCAAAAUUGAAAGAUUAAGAAGAAGAGCUAUUGUUAAAUUUUACUUUAUACUUUUUUAUAUUGUAAUAUUUGUGUUUUUAUACUCAUCGACCAAAAAUGAAAAUCUACCAACGCCUUAUCUAUAAAGCAUACAUUAUGUGUCUAUCCAUACAAUAUUAUUAUAUGUUUCUACUUGGGAUUUGUAAAAUAUAUUUUGACCAAUACUGGCGUGGACGAGUUACGACGCUAGGUAACUUACUGUACCAACAAAUGUAGGCUAAAUAAACAUAGGUUAUCAAUAUGACACAUACAAUAAAACAUUGCUAAAAAAUAAUAAAAUAUCAGCAAACAAACAAACAAUAGAAUCUACUUUUAAUUAUUACACAUCCAAACAAAUAAAACUUUGAACUUUAAAAAAUAAAUAAAUAAAACAUCAUAUAACUCAUCGAAUUAGUUACGUUGAGAAGAAUUUCUUUGUACUUUUUCUUCAUACAGUUUGUUACAACAUGUUUGUUAUAGGCAUACCAGCUCUCUAAAUUGGUACAUUUUUUGAACAUCAAAUAGUCUUGAAAAUGUAUAUCAGUUGUAUUCACUAUAAUGAUAAAAUAUGAAAAUGAGCAUAUACAAAUAAUUCCCUCUAUCCAAAGAUAGAACAACAUACAUGCGUUUAUAUUUACCGUGUUCCUUGGGGUGAGAGACGCUUUAUUUAUCAAUAUUUAUCACCAUUUAACUUGACAUUUUCGGACAGAUGAUCGGGAUUAUUUUUUGGCCAAUUUUAUUUUUAUGAUUAUCUCUCUUGAAAAUUUUACUUUUUCAAUAGUCAAGCCCUUACCUGUUUUAUUUUCUAUCUCUUCUUGAUGUAUAACUAAAUUUACUUUUUUCGGUAAAUUCCAUAUUUUAUGUUUUAUUUCUCAAUGCAAAGUGAAAUAUAUAUAUAUUUAUUUAUUUGCUCUGAAUUACUUUGAGCAAAUUCGUUGCACACCCUAUCAAUAUGAGGUGUAUCCAUUUGAUGGCCAUUAUUGUAGAUUGCAAUAAAUGGUUAUGCGGUAACUUUAAUUUACUAUAGAACUACGCAACAAUCACAUUACGAUAAAUAGUGACAAGUAAUUACAUUCUGUGAUAAAUAGCAUGCGGUAACUACAUACUACUAUGUAAACAAGAUUAGCGUAAGCAGCUUUUCCCUGUCCCAGCAUUAGAAAACUACACAGUUGCUUAAAACAUUAAUAAAAUUAUCUGACCCCUCAAUAAAUCGGACUGGCUUUAGGAGCAAUUUAAAGAUAUUUUUUAUUUUUUGUUAUAUAUCAACAUGUAUCUUAUUAUUUUUUUUAUUUAUGUUUUUUUUGUUGUUGUUGUGGUAAUUACGUGGAGUAUAAUUUAUUUAUUUUGUUUUUAA